GUCUGUAAACACACCCAGAGACUGUCAUGGAGGGGGAGGAGGAGGCGGCGGCGGCGAGGGGAGGCGUUUUGGGCCGCCUCCAGGGUCCGCUCUGCCAUUCCUGAUCUGGUCCCUCGUCCCCGUGACUGUGGCAUCAGGGAAACGAACUGUUAGGCGAGAGGAGGAGGCAGUCAGAACCAUAUCCCCUUCUUCCCCGGGGCGGGGGCCGGGCCGAGCCGGCUGAGCCGGGGGAGGGCCGGGGGAGGGCGCGCCUGGCCGGGCCGGCCUGUCUGCCGAGAUGGAUGACAGUAAGGUGGUUGGAGGCAAAGUAAAGAAGCCUGGUAAACGUGGUCGGAAACCAGCCAAAAUUGACUUGAAAGCAAAACUUGAGAGGAGCCGGCAGAGUGCGAGAGAAUGCCGGGCCAGGAAAAAGUUGAGAUACCAGUAUUUGGAAGAGUUGGUGUCCAGUCGAGAAAGAGCUAUAUGUGCCCUCAGAGAGGAACUGGAAAUGUACAAGCAGUGGUGCAUGGCAAUGGACCAAGGAAAGAUCCCUUCUGAAAUCAAGGCCCUGCUCACUGGAGAAGAGCAGAGCAAAUCUCAGCAGAGCUCAAGCAGGCACAGCAAGGCUGGGAAGGCAGAUGCUAACAGCAGCUCCUGGUGAAGAUCAGAUGAAACGAUGAAUCAGCGACUGAAGCCAACAUUCUGACUCCUGUGGAGGAGGAAUGGACGAGAUUGUACUUCUCGGCUCUAUUUACUACCUACCGCUCAGUAGUCAUCUCUGUAAAUCUGCAGUUUCCACCAAAAUAUGUGAUCCUAGAUCUCAAAGGAGCUUGCUUCGACUUGGCAACACUUAGAAAAUUUAUAAGCAUUCAGACGUGUUCUGGUUGGUAUUGUCACCCAUGACAUUUAACAUGUUGUAAUGCUUGAGAUCACAGUAGAGAAAAAUGGGUGAAGAUUGUAUUUUUGCACCUUAACUCCACAUCGCUUUGUUGGUUAAUUUAUAUUCUUUCCAUGUACUUGUAUGUGUGUAUGUGUUCAGUUGUCACCAUCUUUCAUGUUUUUGAUUGCCCUGAAAAGAGAAACCCAGUGGGCUGGUUACUGACUGUAAGUCCUCAGCUUUUAUGGACCUAAUCUUACUUCUUUAUAUUUACUUGAGUAAUGUUUAUUUCCUGCAUGAACCAUGAUUUCUCCUGUGAGCCAUUCCAGCAUAAGCUGUGAAUAUGUAUUAACAUAUAUAGAGACAUUUCUAUUUUUAUAAUCCACAAUGACAUGCCUGUUUUAAAUAACAUACAUGUUAAAACCCAUCAGGAAAAUCCUCAAGACAGCUUCUAUUUAAAACCUUUGUUGCUGUCUUCUCAAACUAUAUUUAUAAAUGUUUGUUAGGGCCAAAUCCACACUUGGAGAUGAACUAGUCACAAUUCUAUUUUUAAGCAAGAAAUAACCUUUCAGGCAUUUCAGCAGCAUAUAUUUUCUUGACACUCUAGAAUACGUGUGUGUGGAUGUAUAUUUCUGUUGUCUACAUGUGUACGUGGGGAGGACAGGAGUGAAUGUUCACAUGGUUUCUUGUAUACUCAACUGAAUUAGAUUUUUUUUUUUUUUCCUGAAGAAAAUAGGAUGAAACUAGCUGCUGAGACUGAGUGUCUGCCUUGCAAUCUGGAACAAAACAAGGGACAAAUUGCUGGUAGACGUAAUGGUGAUAGCCACAACCAGAACACUGAGUGUCUUCCCUUAGGAACAUAUUCUGAGCCAGAAAGAAACACACUGGGCAGGGGUCAGGCUGAGCCCCGGCUGUGCCCACUGUGGAGUGACACACUGGGGCCACAGUUGUGCUUCGACCUGGCAGGAGGUGUGGAAGGACCGAGGAGCUAUUUCCAGUCCCAUCAGAGCUCUGUGUACUUCGUACCUGGCUAGCAGGUGGGGUGAUGGUAGGAGACUCAGGCUCGUCCCAUGAUACACUCAGACAGACUUUCUCCAGGAGACACUUUAGCACUGUCUCUCUUCUCUUUCUCAUCAGGACUUGCGCUGUCACUGCUAAGUUGCACUUGUUCCUCAGUCUAACGAAGCAAGUCUUUGGCUUCCAAACAAGAUGGGUUUUGUUAUAAACUGGCAGUUUCAAAGGAGACUUCUUAGGCUAGAUUGUCAUUGAGGAAAAAGAUGGGAUGGACCACACGGUUUAAGAUGACAAGGUACUCCUUCCCUUCUCAGGCCAUGAGUUUGAACAAGGCGCCUCCCCUUGGCCGGAGUUCCUGAAGACUUGUUGUUCUUAGGUUGCAGACAUGGAUCACCAGGCUAGUCAAGCGUGACUACUGAUAUACCACUAGCCCAGCUUGUUGGGUCUCUGUGUUUUGGGAGAUAGGGCUUUUAAAGAGUAUUUAAUGUCUUUUUAGAUAAAAAUAAAUACAGAUAAAGGAUUGUUGAUGUUCAGGCAUUCAGAUUGUAAUGGGUAUGUUUUUGUCAUCUGGUCUACUCAAUUGUAUAUUUCUAUUCUGUAAAACAACCCAAGACUUACUUUAUAUUGCUUUGUUCAGUACCUUCUGAGUUCCUUGAAAGUUGUUUUCAAAGCAAACAUUCCAAAAUGAAUGUGGCUUUUCAAUGGAAUGUCUCCAUUGUGCUUGAAGUAUUUCUUCUCUGGUUGUAAUUCUAAAUUACAGCAUCAUUUAAGCUUCCUCCCCUCCCCCUGAGUAUCUAUACAAGAGCAGUGACUUUGUCCUCAGGUAAAGGAUCUAUGUAAUUUUGGGUGAAAGUAAAUUACUGUUUAUUUGAGUUUAUUCCUAAACCUAACUAUUGGGUAUUCUGGAGUAGAUCAAACCAAGAGAAAGGUCCUUGGUCUUAAAAAGGAAUGCUUUGGCUGCUUUGGGUUAUUGUGCUGGCUGCGCACUGUGCCACUUUGAAGCAUAUUAAUAAACGCCACUGACGAAAACAGCUGGAGCAUUUCCUUCCCGCUUCCAGUUGGGAGCAGCAUUUGGAAGUCCUGGCAUCUCUCGCAUACCUGCGAUGACACCAGGAACGCUGCCACCGAGUGAGAACAGAGGGUCCGAGAGGACGAAUGAGGUCGGGAGAAGGCACUGUUCUCCUUGCUCUGAGUAAACAGAGAGCUGUGUUCUUUUUCUUGUUUCCCCAAAGAAAGAAAGAUAAAGAAGAAGUAUAUUUGUGUCCAGUCAUAUUGUCAUUAUUUUAGCAUCAGCCUGACCUAUAUUAGAGCGACUGUUUAUAACAUGGAGUAAGUUUGACCAGUUCAAGUUUUAAAAUGUAGUUGAAGUUCUUAAGAAAUGUUUCUAUUUUAUCUGAAAUCUUUCUAUUAUAUGUAAAUCAGAACUAUCUUACUAUAGCAAAUUCAUAUCACUGUUUAUCAGCUAAUCAGCAGUAUUUAUCAGCAUCACCAGUUAGCAUUUUAUCAUCCUUGAAUUAUGGAUAAUUAUAAAAUCUACAGGUUUAAUUAAACUGGACUCACUUUAAAUAUAAAUAAAGACAAAAUUUAAAAACAAAUGUUGAACUAUAUUUCAAGAAAAAGCAUAAAUGUUACGUUUCACAAAAUAAUCAGUUGCAUAUUAUAAUUUUGGUUUUAAAAGGAGGGAGAUUAUUAAACCAUAUGGUAUUUGGGGGCAUUGAAGGAACUUUUCUUUCUCUGAAGAGCAUUGUAUUAUUAUAUUUUUAUGAAAAAUAAAAUAUCUUCACCAGAGA